ACGGGAAGGCACUUCCUUGUUGCGGUUGUUCACAGGACUAUCAGCUCCACCUGGCUUCAUUAGAUACUUUUUUUUAAAAUACGACGUAAACUGUUUUGGGGUAGCUAGUCUGGGAACAACCCGACAUUCACGUGCAAAAAGAAGGGGCAGGGAUUUUGGAACGUAAUAUCAGAGCUUUCGAUGGACGAGGUGGUGCAUCGCGCGAGGGAGGCCUUCCACAGCGGCAGGUCCAGACCUCUGGAGUUCAGGGUCCAACAGCUGAAAUCCCUUCUGCGUUUCAUACGCGAACGACAGACUGAUAUCACCACUGCCCUGAAACAAGACCUGGACAAGAGUGAACAGGCCUCCCUGCUGUAUGAGGUGAUGGGUCUGGAGGGGGAGAUCUCGCUGGCGGUGGACAGGCUGGCAGAGUGGGCUAAGCCUCGGCCCGUGGAGAAGACCCUGCUCACCAUCUCUGACCAGGUGUUCAUCCAGCCGCAGCCGCUGGGCGUGGUGCUCAUCAUCGGAGCCUGGAACUACCCCUGGGCCGUCACCUUACAGCCCCUGAUUGGAGCCAUCGCUGCUGGGAACGCAGCUGUAGUGAAGCCCUCAGAGGUCAGUGGCCACUCUGCCAACGUCAUGCGGGACCUACUUCCUCUAUACCUGGACCAGGAGAUGUAUCCCGUGGUUACGGGGGGUGUUCCAGAGACCCAGGAGCUGCUGAGGCAGCGCUUUGACCACAUCUUCUACACGGGGGGCAGCAGUGUGGGGCGGCUGGUGAUGGAGGCUGCUGCCAGACACCUGACCCCAGUUACCCUGGAGCUGGGAGGGAAGAGCCCCUGCUACAUACACAAGGACUGUGACCUCACAAUCGCCUGCAGGAGGAUCGCCUGGGGGAAGUUUACAAACUGCGGUCAGACCUGCAUCGCCCCCGACUACAUCCUGUGUGAGCCCAGCAUCCAGGCCACGGUGGUGGAGGAGAUCAGGAAGAGUGUGCAGGAGUUCUACACGGACGACCCCAAGGCCUUCCCAGACUACGGACGCAUCAUCAACCUGCGCCACUUCAGCAGGCUGACGGGCCUGAUGCAGGGCUCCACCGUCGCUCUCGGGGGGGAAAGCGACGAAUCGCAGCUCUACAUCGCCCCCACCGUCCUGACGGAGGUGGCGGCUGACUCUAAGGUGAUGCAGGAGGAGAUCUUCGGCCCCCUGUUGCCCAUAGUAACGGUCAGCGGGGUGGAGGAGGCGAUCCGCUUCAUCAACGAGAGAGAGAAGCCCCUGGCCCUGUACGUCUUCUCCUCCAGCAACAAGUUGAUCAAGCGCUUCGUCACAGAGACCUCCAGUGGGGGGAUGGUGGCCAACGACUGCCUUGUGCACUACAGCAUCAGUGACCUGCCCUUCGGAGGAGUGGGUAACAGCGGGACAGGAUGUUACCAUGGGAAGCACUCCUUCGACCAGCUCAGCCACCUGCGGGCCUGCCUGCUGAAGCCGCUGGCGCUGGAGUGGGCCAACGGCGUGCGCUACCCGCCGCACACGCAGAACAAGCUGCGCCGCGCCCACUUCCUGUUCCUCAGCCGCGUCAGUGUGACACGUCUGCACCGCCUCGCCCUGCUGUCCACCGUCGCCCUGCUGGCCGCGGCCAUCACACAGAGGUAUCUCCGGAGAUGCUGAGAUGGCUCGGUACCGAUCACGAGACCCGGACUGGGAACGGGAGAGGAGCCGUGUGGAUAACGCUGGACUGAGUUCCGCCCUCCUGGUCUGCAGCUUCCAGAUCCACAGCGUGACUCUUCUGUGCUCAGUCCAUCUCGCCUCUCGCUAAUGUAAUGCUCAUUGAUAUUGCCCCAGUAGCCUUCGAACAGUUAUGUGGGUCCAACACUUAUUUUAGCUAAAUGCCAAUAGCUAAAUUAUAAUAAUUCUAUAAGGAAUAGCUUACUGUUUCUUCAUCUUUUGGUUGUUCUUAGUAAUUAUUCACACUUUAUUAGCAACCAAAAUUGAUGAAUGGGCCUUUAAGCUUCAAAGCAGUUAAAACAGACAUUGCGCAGCAGAACAUUGGUUGAGUGUUUAACUUUCAGUGCACUGAGAAAGUUUGGGUCAGUUUUUGUAACAUUUGCCAUUUCUAAUUUGGGGUUUAAGUCCUUGAUGCAACUUUGAUUUCUUUUUUGCUUUAUCUAAAUAAAAUGAGUAUAAAACUUUAA